AUGUUUCAGUAUUUUAUUUUAAUAUUCAAUAUUUUGGGCGUAAUUUUGUCAGAAGAAGAUCAAGUUUAUAAAAGUCAUCUGAAAGUUUCAACGCGGCUAGACUUGUCGGGAUCAUUGAAGCAUCUUUGUGCUGGAGAUGAUCAAAAUGAUGACGAUCAAGUGGUCUCCUGUGCUUGUCUCAGUAAAUUGUCAGUUGUAUCGACCGUCCAAGUGGGAAAGUACCAAAAUGUCUACCAUCACAACGAGAGCAAUCAAAAUGGCGUAAACGCUUACGCGUCGCUUUACCAAACUGAAGAAAAUUUGAAAGUUUUAGGCUUCGGACGCUUCAAUUUACAUAAUGUUAAAUGCGUAGAAAAUAAUGAGGUUAAAGAUGUUGAGAGUCGGUACACUCAUUGGUUCCACGUUUAUUCUACUUGGUCAAGUUUACCUCCAUAUAAUAAAUUUUUUGAUUACGAGGACUAUGCGGCCGAUGUUCUAUUGCCAAUAACGAUUGUGGAUAUUACUCUUGAUAAUGCACCUAAAUUUGUAAGUAUUGUUAUUAUUUAAUAAUAAUAAAAAUAAUUAAUCGGAAUUAUGGUAUUUUACGGUGAGAAAAAAUUUAUUUCUUCAUUAAUUUUAGAAAAAUUAAUUUUUUAUUAAAAUAUUGUUCAUUUUUUUUUAAUAGAAAAUUUUUUCUCAGUGUUUAGAUCAUGAAAUUCAUUUCAAAAUGAGACUUUCAUUUAAAAAUACCCAUGAAUUAAGA